AUAAUCAAUUGUACCUGAAACCAAAAAUUCCAAGUUAUCAACUGUCUUUGGUCACAAAAAAAAAAAAAUUGCUCUCUCAUGGAUUUCUCUGCUGUUUCUUCUGCUCUCAAAGCAAUCGGCGAGCUAACACAAGAAGUCACAUCCUUGUGGGGCGUCGAUGAACAAGUUGAGGGCUUGGCAAGUGAGUUGAGAUGGAUGCAAAGCUUCCUGAAGGUGGCAGACGCAAGAAAAGUUGACAAUGAUAUGAUACGUACCAGCGUUGUUGAGAUCAGAGAGUUGGCCUACGAUGCUGAAGAUGUGAUAGAGACGUUUUCCCUCAAAGUUGCUUCCAAAAGGAGAGGUGGAUUUUCAAAUUGCAUCAAAAGAUCCGCUUGUUUCCUCAAAGAGGGAUGCCUGCUCCACCAGAUCAAGUCAGAGAUAGAGAAAAUCACAGCCAAAAUCAAAGAAUUGGCUCGACAAUUGCAGAUGUAUGAUGUAUCAAAGUUCGGGGUUGAUGGAGAAGGACCAAGUUCUUCAACUGUAAGGCGGGAGGCAAGGCGGCCUUUUCCUCAUGUUAUGGAUGAUAACAUUGUUGGAUUGGAUGAUGACGUUAAGAAAUUAGUCACAGUUCUUCUCAAUGAGCAAAGUGAAUGUAGGGUUGUCUCCAUAUGCGGAAUGGGUGGUCUGGGCAAGACCACUCUUGCCAAGAAAAUAUAUCAUCACAGCCAAGUUGUUGGUCAUUUCAAGCACUUGGUUUGCGUAUAUGUUUCUGAACACUGUCAAAAAAGAAAGGUUUGGGAAGAUAUUCUAUCAGGUCUUAACAUCCCAAGUGACGAAGACAGGAAGAUGAAUGUUGAAAAAUUAGCAAAAAAGUUAUCUAGUUUCUUUGAGGAUAACAAAUGUUUGGUGAUACUGGAUGAUGUUUGGAACAUCGAUGCUUGGAAUAGCUUAAAACCAGCAUUUUCAGCAAGAGAGACGAAAAGCAAGAUCUUACUCACCUCUCGGAACAAGGAGAUAGUUUCACACGCCGACAAAAAUGGUUUCUUAUAUGAGCUGCAGUACCUAAACUACGAUCAGAGCUGGGAACUAUUUCAAAAGAUUGCCUUCCCCCAAACAAAUUCUCCAGGCUAUAAAUUUGAUGCGAAAAUGAAAGAGUUAGGAGAGGGCAUGGUUAAACACUGUGCAGGGCUUCCAUUAGCCAUCAUUAUAUUAGGAGGAAUUUUGGCUACAAAGUAUCCUUCAUUAAAUGAAUGGCUGAAGGUAUCUGUAAAUGUGAAAUCAUACUUCAAGAUCGAUAAAGGUCAAGUACUAAAAGAUAUGUUAGCAUUAAGUUAUGAUGAUUUGCCUCCCUUUUUAAGACCAUGUUUCCUUUAUUUAAGCCAAUUUCCCAAGGAUUAUGAGAUACCUGUGGAUAGAUUGAUUCAGUUAUGGAUUGCCGAAGGUAUUGUUUCAUCAAAGCAAGAAGAAGGGCUAAUAGCGGAAGAUGUGGCUGAAGGUUAUUUAAUAGAGCUUGCAGAAAGAUGUAUGAUUCAAGUACGAGAAAGAGACAUUGCAACCUUAAAGAUGAGAAGUUUUCAGAUGCAUGAUCUAAUGAGAGAUGUUUGCUUGUCAAAGGCAAAAGAAGAAAAAUUCUUCGACAUUGCUGAUCAGUCAAAUGCCUGCCAGUUAUCCCGAAUUGGGAGGGUUCGCAGAGUUUGUGUACACAAAUUUAUUCGCUUACAGUGCAUUAAAAGUCGACGUCUUCGAUCACUUUUGCUCUUCGAUGAGUUUUUACCGAAUGAAGAACUGGAAAAUACUUUUCCAUUGACAAUGCACAGCUACAUCAAGAACCACGAUGUUGUGAUACUUUUAGCUAUUAGCGUAUUAGGUACUAAAUGUAGGGGAAUUUGGAAAUAUAUGUUCAAUAAUUUUAAUUUUCUUAGAGUCUUAGAUUACGAAGGAGGGGGAGAGGCAGGAUGCAAGUUACCCAAUGACAUUGGUAAACUCAUCCAUUUACGAUUCUUGAGAUUAAGGGGUCUUGAAUUCUUCACUUCAAAGUUGCCAUCAUCUCUAGGCAACUUAAGGUUCUUGCAAACAUUGGAUUUAAGAAUCAAAAACAUAUGUCGAAGGUCUAUUCAUGUACCUAACGUGUUAUGGAGGAUGCAGCAACUAAGGCAUCUAUAUCUCCCCGAGGAAUGUAGUCUUAAAACAAAGUUGAAGUUGGGUACAUUGAAAAACCUCCAAACACUUGUCAACUUCAACACCAAGAAUUGUUAUGUAAAGGAUCUUAUCAACAUGGAAAACCUUAGAGAGUUGGAGAUUCGAGGGCCCUUCAAUAUUGAAGAUUUUAACACGGAGGAGUUGGACAAGAAUCCACCUAUCAUCCAAAGUAAAUAUCUUCAUUACUUGUCUAUUAUCAAUGAUGAAGGAAGAAUAGAUCCAAAACAUUUGGUGCACCUCCUUUUGAGUUGUGAAAACAUUUCUAAGUUGAGCAUAGAUGCGGAGAUAAGAAGGUUACCAGAGUACCACUACCUGUCUUCAAAUCUUGCUUACAUAAAGUUGAGAAGGUGCAAGCUUGAGGAAGAUCCAAUGCCAACACUUGAGAAACUACCUUACUUAAGGAUGCUUGACUUACAUGAAGAGGCUUUCAUAGGAAAGGAAAUGUCGUGCAGAGCACAAGGUUUUCCCAAACUCGAGUCUCUAAGCCUUACAGGCCUUAAUAAUCUGGAGGAGUGGAAGGUGGGUGAAGGAGCCAUGCCUUCUCUUCAGCGAUUGAAGAUACAAGGAUGCCGACAUCUAAGAAAACUUCCAGAUGGACUCAGGUUCAUUGCAACCCUCCAAGAACUGAAGAUUAGAUGGAUGCCAUACACAUUCGAAGAUAGAGUGAGGAAAUGGGGAGAAGAUUUUUGCAAAGUCCGACAUGUUCCUUCUAUCAUAUUCCAGUAG